AGUAGCUGUUAUAUCAGCAGUUGCUACCACAACAAAAGGCACCUAAGCUAGCCAUUGUGAGAAAGGAAAGGAAUCCGUCUUUAUGGAUCAGGGUCAUAGCACAGCAAAAUUAUUCUACAGCCUUUCCACAGCGACAAAUUAGGACAAGGAAGAAAUCUAACAGGGAUUCUAAAAAGGCUAACUUAUUAACUAAGAUAGCAUCAAAAUUUUCUAAUCUAAACCCAGAAGAAAGUGGAGUAUUGUUAGCUACUUGGAUCUUAAUCAACACUGCCUAAAAGAGUGACCAACAUGGGACAACAGGGCUCAAAGACCACAAGCAGACAUCCUGUUUCUCACAAUCAAUCUGGUAGACACCACCUGCGUCACCACCCACACCAGCAUCACAUACUUGUAGCAAGCAGAAAUGGACCACACCCAGCCAGACGGCUCUUAUCCUCUCCAAUUCAUCAAACAGGGCAGAAGAAACCAAUUACAACAACUUCUCACAGCAUGUUCAAGCCUGUGGUUACCGGGAAGGUCUUUAAUAUUGGUGAUGACACAAAUUGCAUAGACCCCACGCAUGACAACAUAGAGACUAGCCAGAUGAAAAAUCUAGCAAAGCAUCGUGCCCUACACUCUGUUGAAAGACUCUUCAAUUCCGUUAAAGAUGGUGAUGGGUUGGCAAGUUCAGAGGACAAUAGGUUUAACACCAGUGAGAUAGAGCUAAUGGAGCUAGGGACACGUGGGGCCUUAGAAAGACCACCAUUUGAGCAGCAAGACAACUGGAGCUUCCAAACCUCGUCUAACAACACUGGAACUGAAGCCAAUCUGUCAUUGCCACAAGACAUCUCAAACAUUAAGAACCCAAAAAAGCCUUUUGUCAAAAACCCAAUCAUUUCUGGGGAAUUAUUCAUGCAGCCUGAUACAAAAGACACUGCCUCUGAACCAAAGUCCCAAACAGAUAAUAAUGAUCAAAACAAUGAAAAUGAAACCAAUAUGCACAAAAGGAAACAAUUUGAUUCUGGUGUUCUAGUGAAAGAUGACAUACUAGGAAAGAAGGUUAUGUCCACUGGAAGAGAGCAAACACAAGAUCAAAAUAAGGUUCAGCCAAAGCUCUCUGAUGAUCAUCGUGACUCAGAUCUUCCUCAGAAGAUGAAUGCCAUUGAAUUAACUGGAAGAUGUCAAACACAUGUGAUUAAUUCUCCAUUACACAGAGACCAUAUGAAAAAGAAUGAAAAAGUAAAAAAGAAAAAAAAGAAGAAAAAGGCAAUUAAACGUGACAUUGAUGAUAUUGCUGAAUCAAGUAAAAAAGAUACAUGUAAGGGGCGUUUCUUCUUUAAUUUUGGGAAUGGGGAACAGUUAAGUGAUCAGAAAGCUGUGUAUUCACUUGAGCAAGUGGUAAUUACCAAAAAUCCCACAAAGGAAAAUCAACUAGGUCUGACUGACUUACAAAACGUAAAAGAACUUGGAUAUACUGUUCAGAAGAGUAAUGACAAUCAAAAGUCACUGCACAAUCUGUCAGAAGAUCCUCAUCAAGAUGCUGUUUCUGAAAUAGCAAUAAGCCUGAAAGAAAAUGUGAACAUAGAAAGAAAUAAUUGGAUACAGAGAUCACAAGACCCUGCCAGUGAUCAGAAAUGUGUUGAUAAUGAGGACUAUGACAAUAAUACAAAGGCAUGCAUCAGUGCAAAUCUGAUCAGCGUAAGGGUUCCUGAUGACCCAGAUCCCAUGAGGUUACACGACCAGUGCCAGUUGGUGCAGGCUGCAGGAGCAGGGGAUUUAGACUGGCUAAGGAAACUGCUUUGUUCAGGAGUCAACCCCAACAGUAAUCAUCCUAUGAACAGGAACACAGCUCUACAUUAUGCUGUAGGUCUGGAUUACAACACUGCUGCCAGCAUGGUGAGUCUUCUUCUGCAGUAUGGGGCAGACCCCAACCUAUGCAACUAUAGUGGUGCUACACCACUUCAUGAGGCUAUAAUCCACCAACAGACCUGCUGCGUGGACAUGUUAGUGGCCAAUGGCAGCAAUGUAAAUGCUAUCUGGACCAGUGCCAAUACAACACCUAUUAACCUAGCAAUACACUGUGGAAACCCUGAUAUAGUCCGCACGCUUCUACGAAAGGGAGCCAAAAUGCAGUCUUUUGUGCCUCAACUAUUGCCAAACAAUUCUCAUCAGGGUAUCCAUAAUAUACCCAACCAAGUCCAAGACUGUCCUCUCCGGAUAUUGGUACAAAAAUGGAAAGCUAGGUCCAGCAGUGAAAGAUGUGCCACCAUUCUACGUACUCUGAUUGAAGGUGAAAAUGAUGUUGUGAAAUGCCUUAAACAUGAUGUCAGUCUGUGGUCAAUCCUGAACAAACUGCAUGACAGCAAACAUGGCCACUUUGCAACCCUGGAAUUAAUCACUAUUAUCUUAGAGAUGGGAUACAGACCUACGGUACCAGAAAGGAGUCUCAUAAAAACUAUUGACAAGUCCAAGCAUGACUGGAUGCUGGACUAUCUGAGCAGUGCUCCUCCUCUAAGUGACUUAUGUCGUAGGGCAGUGAGACGAGCUCUAUGGCCAAAUGUCCUCUAUGGCGUGGACAGGCUGUCUGUGACAGACCAGGUCAAAGAUCAGCUGCUGUUACUACAGGAAUCUACUGAACUGUAAAUUAAGGCAAACAAAAGAUGUGCUGGCAGGAAAAGGUAGAUUCAUUUUGAAAUUAGAUUCUUAUUCCUACAAUGAUUUUUUUUUUUUUUUUUUGUAAAAUAUUAUUGCAAUGCUUUCUUCUGUUCAUUGUCUCUACGUAAGCCUGCUUUUCUGUCCAGUUCAGAAUAAGUUACUCUGAAAAUUUUAGAGCAGAAUGGGCAACAAGCUCUUAUUUUAGAUAAUUUUUGAAAUGUUUUGCAGUACAUUUCAACAAAAUUGUGCGCUCAAAACAUUGUUGCAUUCAAAAUUUGCAGUGACUGAUGAGUAUAAGAAUUUUUUUCUUUAUAGCUUUAACUUUAUUUGCAAGUAGGUAUUCAGUUGUGAUAGUUUAUGGGGAAUUUAUAUUACAAAUAAUUUAUUUGCCAUGAAAAUGUCAUCGGUAAAUCAAUAACAAAUUGGUGACAAUGAUUGUAAUAGCAGGGGUCAAAACAGAAUUUGGGCAGGACUGGCCAAUACAGACCAGUGGACCUUAGAGGUACUGGUUUCAAGCUACUAGAUAACGAAAACGCAUACAUGUUUAACAUCCAUUUUUAUUUCUAUAUGAUUAUCUAAACACAUUCAUAUUCCAGUCAGUUCCUUUAACUGUUUGUACACAUCCUCCUCUGCUAGCUCAUCAUCAUCAUAAUAUAUAAAAAAUAAAAUGGAUAUAUAAAAAAUUAGUAU